AAACAAAUUCACAAUAUCAAAGUUAACAAAUCAUAACCACUUCAAACACUCCCACUACUAACCUCUCUCACAACUUCCACAUAUAUAUUAUAUACAAAACAUAUAUACAAAUGGCACUUGAAGCACUAAACUCACCGGCAACCACCACAACACCACCAUCCUUCCACUACAAAUUUCCGGCCACAACCACCAUAAUUCAAGAUUCUUGGAACAAAGGCAAACGAUCAAAAAGACCAAGAACCACUACUAGCAAUGAUUCCGACAACUCUCCCCUACCGGAACCACCACACCCCACGGAAGAAGAAUACUUAGCUUUUUGUCUCAUGUUACUAUCCCGCGGCGGCGCCACCACUACCACAACCACCGUGUCACCGCCACUCCCACCACUUGUGUCCCAUAAAUGUAGUGUUUGCAAUAAAGGGUUUUCUUCUUACCAAGCUCUCGGUGGCCAUAAAGCUAGUCACCGGAAAAACACCUCCGACGACCACCACCACCAACCAACCACCUCCGGCACCGCCACAGCUACUACCUCAUUAUCUACUUUGAAGCCUAGUGGUAGGACCCAUGAAUGUUCUAUCUGUCACCGGAUUUUCCCCACCGGCCAAGCACUUGGUGGUCACAAACGACGUCACUACGACGGUAACAGCUCCGGCGCCGGCGGUGUUACAACUUCCGAGAAAACCAGCUCAUCUACACACAGCCAACCUCGUGACUUUGACUUGAACUUGCCUGCGUUUUCGGACUUCCCAUUGGGUUUGACCGUUGACUAUUCAAAGAAAAGUCAACUGUUUAUUGAUGAACAAGAAGUUGAAAGUCCUCAUCCGGCAAAGAAACAACAUUUAUCCGGCGUUGCCACCGUGGCAAAUUAAAUUUAAAUUAGCAACUAUAUAACUACAUUUGUUUUGACUUCUUAUUUUUGUUUUAUUAAUUUUAUUGUAAAGAUAAACAUAUUGUUCUUUUCAUAUUCGAUUAAAUUUAUUCAUUUAAAUAAUGCAAAUGGGAUUUUACUAA